AUGGCCUACAGUAUUUCUAAAGACGCUCAAUAACUUCUGUGCGAGAUCAUAAAUUAAAUAAGCCUGACUGAGAGGAGAGCCGAAUAAAUAAGAAUAUAAUUAUGCAGAAAAACUAGUUUCAAUCCUUACGCUUGCUUCAAAAGGUAUUACAUGUAGCAAACCCUAGAUUAGAUUCAAUGAACACUAACUAAAUUAAACCAGAAUAGGUAGUACAACUUUUGAAAGAGUAUGAUUUCUUCGUAUAAGAGCUAAAUACUUUGUUUAAUAAAACUUUUUUGAAGGAAUUUCUUAAUUAUCAAGAGUAUUAAUAAUAGUUGCUAAUUUUUCAGCUUUUUAAACUUAAUUUUACCAAAAACCGAUAGCGAAUUGAGAGAGAUCACAGCUAUGAAAUAACCUACAAAAUCCGCUGUAGAAAAAUAGAUAGAUUACACAUUAGCUUAAUUAUUCAAUUUGUAUUUCUAAGACUAAUUAUAGAGAAUAUAAUGAAGCUAUAAAUUUAGAAAGAUUGAAAAAUAUAUUAAGUAAUCAAUAUAAUGCCGAUCAAAUGUUUUAAAGUUUGGAUUCUCUAAAUAACAAUAUCCUUAAUUUUAAGGAUUUUGAUAGAUUCUUUAGAAGGAAUGGGCUCUUGUUAUAUGAGGAAGAAUUGGUAAUUGAAACUAUAAUUAAUAGAUAGCAUUUUUUUAUAGAAUAGAUCUUCAAAGAACAGGAUAGAUUACUUUGAAUGAGUUUAGAAGAAUGUUAGAGCCUCUCCAAAAAUCUGAAUAGCCAAUUCCAACUAACAAUCUAUAAACUCCAAAAUAAGCAAUAUCAUAUCCAAAAUUUUCGAGUACCUUUAAUGAUGAAGUUGGCAGUGGUAAAAAAGCUGGGCAAAUAAUAUAAACCAGAAACUUCUCAGCAAGCAAUAAAAAAAAGUUUCAAUCUACGAGGAGAACUUCAUCAAUUACAGAAAGUCUAUAAACAACAAAAUUAUCGGAGAAUUUUUUAAAUGAAGAAUAAAGAUUUAUUGAUUUAGGAUUGGAGGUCUUAAAAUUGGAAAUGUAUUUAGAAGAAAUAAGAUUAAAAUUAUAAUAGUAAAAAGAUUUCAACACUAUGGAUUUCUUUCAUUUUAUGGAUUUGAAAAACAAAGGUAAAGUGAAUCAACAUGAAUUUGCUUAUUUUUUAGAACAAAUAUCGCUCAAAAAUAUUGAUAUUAUUGAGUUGUUUAAUUAUUUGGAUACAGAUUUAGAUGGGUUUAUUAGAUAUUCAGAUGUUUCUGAAUUUAUUUCUCCUUCAAAUAUGAGCUCAACUUACAUUUGUAAGAAACCAGCUAAAAAUAGUCAUUUCUCUUAUUCAAUCUCCUAAUUAUUCUCAAAAACAACUAUAAUAUUGAUUCAGUUGCUAUUUAAUCAGUGGGAUGCAAAUGAAAAAAUAAUAAGACAAAAAAAAAAAUAAUUCUUGAAUGAAUAAAGUCUGUAUUAAAUUUUCAAUAAACUUGAUCAAUACAAAAAAGGGAAAUUCAAUCGAUAAGAUGUAUUUUUAUUAUUAAUUUAGCUUCAACGUUUUUUUGAUCUUUAUAAUGUUAAAGACGAUAUUAAAUUACUGUAUAAACGAUUGGGAAAACUCAACAAAGAGAUUAAUUAUAAGGAAUUUGAAUUAUUUUUUAUCAACUGA